UUCCAUGACUUUACUCACUUGCUGCCCUACCUAGAAUGUCCACAAGGCACCAAUACUGCUCAGCACUUGGUUCUACUCCAUAUAUACCACUCACUGAAUCAAAAAGCUGUUGACCUCUCUAGACAAGACCUGCGCGGUUACACGCUAAUAAGACUCCAAGAUAUGCAAUUUUUUCAGUUUGCAUCCAGAUCUCAGAAAGUGCAUUGCAUUAAAAUAUUCUCCAUCAAAAUCCCGUGCUUGGCA